AUGCCGCCGCCUCCUAAAGACUCUCUCCUUCCCUCUCGGGGAGCGGUAGGGGCAGCGGGCUGCAGGCAGCAGGCCGGCAGGGGCAGGGACGCGGCCGGCGGGAGCGCCGGUCGGCCUCCGUCACUGUCAAAAGAGCGCCCCCACCCCGUCCCCGUCCCCGUCCCCGUCCCCGUCCCCGUCCCCCCACCCGCCAGUAGAGGCGGAGGCGGGGCGGCCGCCGCCGGCAACACCGCCGGCCGGCACACGGGCGGCCGCUUUCGGGAGGGUUGGUUCUUUCACGGUGCGCAGAGGUCUUCGGCCCUGGGCGCGAGUCCGGGGGGCCGCGGCGGCUCGGCGCCGAGGCGCCCGGGGCCGGCACGAAGCCGCCGGCCCUCGGCCCUCGUGCGCACACGGGGAGAGACAGACGCGGUGACACGCACGCACCCCCACUCCACACGCUCACGCCCCGACGCCACCCCUUCAGGCCCCCACACCGCCGCGCGUAACCGACCCACGCGGGGACCCACUCCCAGGCGCCACCUUCAGACGAUUCCCGACCCCGCCCAGGCUGCCAACCGCUCGGCGGCACAGCGGGGGCGGCGGCGGCAGGGCGGGGAGCCGGCCGACACCGCGGCAGUCAGGGCCUUCGGCACGCAGGACGAGAGCCCCUCGCAGAGGCUGGGCGGGCGAGCGGGCGGGCGGGCGGUGGCGGGCGGUGGCGGAGGGAUGCUUAGCGCCGUCCCUUUUCCGAGAAGCUCUCGUCGAGCCUUGCGGUUCGAUGGCCCGCCUGCCUUCCCUCCUUCCUUCCUUGCCGCUCGGCCCCCGGCCCCCGCCGAGACGGCGGCAGGGCGAGCGGCCGAAGGGGGGGAGCGAGGCAGGAAUCGAGGCGGGAGCCGGGCCGCCGUCGGUUCGGGCACGGAGGCGGCAAGCAUGCCGCCGCCUCCUAAAGACUCUCUCCUUCCCUCUCGGGGAGCGAGGCUGUCCCGCCUGGGACACAGGUCUACCCCGUGCCGCCCAGAGGCGAAGUCCCGCCUGGGCAACGGGUCUACCUCGUGCCGCCCAGAGGCUAGGUCCCGCCGGGACAACGGGUCUACCCCGUGCCGCCCAGAGCCUAAGUCCCGCCUGGACAACGGACUCCGCGUAUCGGGCCCGAGACCCGCGCGGAGGAGAGCUCGGCGGCGGACCGCGCGGGCGCGGGCGCCCCGCGCGCCCGCGCCACCGGAGCCCCCUGUCGGCCCCGGCUCGCCGAGAGAGACCUCGGAGGAGGAGGAGGAGGAGGAAAAAAACCGGCGGACCGCGCCCGCAACGCCGGACGGCGAGGCGGGCCGGCCCCCUUUCGCGUUCGAGAGAGACCUAGCGCCGGGUGCCCCACGAACAUGCGGUACGCGACGGGGGAGAGGCGGCGCCACCUCCGUCCGCCCCUCCGUUCCCAACCACGAGCGGCGCUUCGCACCGGGCCCGCCCGCGGGCGGGCGGGCGGCCGGCUAUCGCGAGCCCACCGAGGCGCCGGCGGCGCUGCGGUAUCGCUACGUCUAG